AUGCCUCCACUAACAGCCAAAAUCUCAGCAAUCGUUACUGCAACGAGCGAGGCCAUGCUCUUGCGCCUGCGUUUACCCGAUGGCGGAUCAGCUUGGCACAAGACCAAAACAGAGUUGAUAUUGAAAGAUCCCAAUGGCCAGCCCCAAGUGUUUCCUCUGAAAGCGUAUGGCUUGCUCAUGGCCGAUGACGUACUCAAACGGGAUCACACUUACCAUAUACAUGGCCCCCUUGGCGUGGACCCAGUUGAUGGCGCGUUCAUCAAGCACAGCUCUAUGACCCAAAGUUUGGUGGCAACCGUACCACCUCAACAUGCCGACUUAGCUGGGAAAGCUUGGAUAUGUUCAACUGGGAAAGUUCUCCGGGUUGCCUUUGAGAAUGUUGAAGAUGGUGAAUGGCACCUGACUGUUCAAGCAGAACAUGAGAUCUUUGACCCCGAAGAGAGAGCGGCUUUACGCUUCGUGAUUACUUAUCGAUUCGGCCAUUUUUCUCCCGAGUUAUCUGAGAUGGAGAACAUCGAAGUGAACACGUUGAUGACUUUCGAGGGCCUUGUCGUCUCCUUAGACCACGAAUCUAAACAACUAGUUGUUCAAGUGUGUUGUUUUGCAGCUUGGGUCUCUCAAGGGUUAUUUCUUACUUUACCUGUUUUCAAUUAUGCCCAGGUUCUUAGCCAUGGUCUUGUAGUGGUGACUUGA